GGCCUGCCGCUUUCUAGCAACGUCACCUGUUUGGUUGACACGUGACCCGGAAGCUCAAGCGAAUAUGCGGCUAGAGUACAGAUAUUCUAGUUUAUUUUUAAAUAGGCUCUAUUCCAGUUCUCACUUACUGACGCCUUACACCGUGUAUUUUGUGCUACUUUAGUGUAAGUAGGCCACAGAGCGUUCACCUUUUUUCUUUUGCGAAGGGAUUCCGGAAACGCAACCCUGAGUAAUCGGAAGUGAUUGCUAGUGAGCGAGCAACUUGACGUCAGGAAGGCCUGGAUGGCCUUGGAAUGGGAGAGGACUUUGCGGAGAGGAGAACCCACUGAUACCGAGCCGGGCGUCCUGAAAAGUGAAGCCCCCUGAAAUCGGUAGGGUCUGUAAAGGUUUUUCAGAAGUCGUGGGGUGAAUAUUCAUUGGUUAAAAAUGACUACUCUUGAAAUUUUAGAAACCAAAGUCACCCUUACUUCAGCCCCAAUCCGAGGAGCAGGAGAUGGAAUGGAAACUGAAGAGCCACAUAAAUCUGUUGAAGUUCCUUCUGGAGUCCAGCCCAUAAAGCAUCACAUCCUUCAGAGUCCACAAAAGAAAGCAGUUCCCUCAGAGAGCCCAGGAGUUCUUCAGCUAGGGAAAAUUCACACUGAAAAAGCAGUGGAAGUCGAAGCUGUAAGAUUAUUAGUUCCCAAAGCUGCUAUAACCCAUAAUGUCCCCAACAAAAAUGCAAAGGUAAAGUCUCUGGGACUUCAUAAAGAAUUCCUUGGUCAGUUGGAGGGAACUGCAGAACACAGGAAGGAACUCUCAGAGGUAAAGAAUAUAUUGGAAAAGCUCAAAUCUUCUGAAAGGAGGUUACUACAGGAAAAAGAAGGUCUUCUAAACCAACUCCGAGUACAGACUGAGGUUAAUCGUGAGUUAAAAAAGUUGCUGGUGGCUUCUGUUGGGGAUGAUCUUCAGUAUCACUUUGAACGUCUAGCUCGUGAGAAAAAUCAGCUUAUUUUAGAAAAUGAAGCCCUAGGUCGAAACACAGCUCAGCUUUCCGAACAGCUAGAACGCAUGUCAAUACAAUGUGAUGUAUGGCGAAGUAAAUUCCUCGCAAGCAGAGUUAUGGCAGAUGAGUUAGCCAACUCCAGAACAGCUUUACAGCGCCAGAACCGUGAUGCACAGAGUGCUAUACAAGACCUCCUGAGUGAGCGGGAGCAGUUUCGUCAGGAAAUGAUAGCUACCCAGAAAUUAUUGGAGGAGCUCUUAGUCUCCUUGCAGUGGGGAAGAGAGCAAACUUACUACCCUAAUACACAACCUCACAGCACAGCAGAACUCGCAUUAACAAACCACAAGUUGGCAAAAGCAAUAAAUUCUCAUCUUCUGGGAAAUGUUGGCAUGAAUGGUCAAAAAAAGAUUCCAUCAGCAGUUGAAUUCUGCAGCACCCCAGCAGAAAAAAUGGCUGAAAAGGUUUUACGAAUUUUGGACCCAAUUACAUGUACAGAAAGCUCACCUGAUAAUCCAUUUUCUGAGUCUUCGCCAGCCACCUUACUUGCUGCAAAGAAAAAGAUUGGACGAUUUCAUCCUUAUACUAGCUAUGAAAAUAUAACUUUCAAUUGCUGUAAUCACUGCCAGGGAGAACUUAUUGUCCUUUAACAUUCAUUAUAUUGGAGGUAUGCUGUAGGCAUUUGCUAAUCAUACAAGAGUCACUAUGAUUUGGGAGCUGGGGUUCUUAUAUUGCUAGUCAGAUCAUUUUCUAUUUCAUUUUCUAUUUAAAUAAUACAUAUCUCCAAAGAUAUGUCAUGUACUGGACUCCAGAUUACCCUUUCUUAGUAAAGAUUUCAGGAUAAGAAAAGUAUGAAACUGUCUAGAUACAUUUAAAGUAGGAAAUACUUUCCAAGCAUCACAUGAUGUUUUUCCUACAGGAUUCAAAAAGAAAGAUUUUAUAACCUCUCCUAACUUUUCCUUUAGGCUUCCUCUAAGUUAUUAUGUAUCUUACUAUUUUAUAUAAGCAGAUAAUCUAAAGCAAGGAUUGGAAAACUAUGGCCAUGGUUCAUAUGUAUCCACACCCAUUCAUUUACUGUCUGGGUUUUUUGCACAGUAACAGAGUUGAGAAGAUCCCACAGGGUUUGUAUAGUUUGCAAAUAGGGAUGGUCCUUUACAGAAAAAGUUUUCUGAUCCCGAGUCUAAAAAUAACCAGAGGACUGGGGAGAAUGUUAUUUCCCUUUUUGGUAAUUUCUGGGCUAUAAAUGAGGCUUAUGGAAAUAUUAUGGGUGAAGGAACUAUUUUAAAAAAAAUGCUUCAUGUUAGAAAAAUAAAAAUACUUUACAGCUGCAUUGACAAGUGCUUUGGCAAAACAUGUUUUCAUGUUGGUUUUGUGCAGGGGUUUCCAUAUUUUGAAUUGAUACAACCUGACACAUAACAGGAGAAAAAGACAUACAAUGGCCAAUAAGCACAUCAAAGAUAAUUACACAUCACAAUUAGGGAAAUGCAAAUCAUUAUCACUGCACACCCAUCAGGACAGCUGCUAUCAAAACAAGCAAAAUAACAAAUGUUAAUAAGAAUGUGGAGAAAAUGGAAUCCGUUGCAUUGCCAGUGAGAAUGUAAAAUGGUUAUAGCUAUUAUUGACGAUACUGUGGCAGUUGCAAAAAGUUAAACAUAAAAUUAUCAGAUAACUGAACAAUUUCACUUCUAGGUUGAUAUCCAAAAGAAGUGAAAGCAGAAAUUCAAAUAGUAUUUGUAUACCAAAGUUCACAGCAGUGUUAUUCAUAAUAGCCGAAAGGUGAAAGUACCUCUGGUGUCCUUUGAUAAAUGGAUAAAUAAAACGUCGUAUAUACAUCCAAAAGAAUAUUAAUUCUUAAAAAGGAAUGAAAAUCCAAGAUAAGCUGUAGCAUAAGUGAGCCUUUAAAACAUUGCAAUCAGUGAAAAAAGACGUAAAGGGACAAAUAAUGUAUGAUUCUUCUUAUAUGAAAUAAUCAAAUUCAAAGAACAAAAAAAAAACUAUUUGCACUUACAAUUUCAGCAAAGUGGCAGGAUACAACAUCAACACACAAAAAUAAUUCAUCUUUGUGGUUUGAAUAGACAACCCAAAAAAGAGAUGAAGAGAACAAUUCCUGUUGCAUUAAAAUGCAAAAAGAAUAUUUAUGAAAAGGUGAAAGACUGGUACACUGAAAUUCCAGAAUAUUGCUGCAUUAGAUGAAGAAGUGAUCUGUGUUUGUGGAUUAGAAGACAUUACUAAAAUGCUGUUACUAAUCAUUUAUGUUUAGCUUUCUCCUCCACUCCUUAAAAGCUCUUAAACAUGUGAAGGGUGCUAUUCCUCUAUUGAUUCCUAUAUUGAUUCAAAUAUUUUGCAUAUGUACCAAUGUAUGCAAGGUUUCUAACUAAGAGAAAGGAUUUUGCAACCAUAUAGAUCAGAGUGACCUGCUCACCUCUAUAGUUUUCUCAUCUGCAAAAUAAGACUAAUUUGAGUUAUAAGGAUUAUAUCAAAUUAUGCAAAGAAUCUUUAACAAUACCAGGCACAUUAUAAACUCUCAAUAAGGGUUAGUUUUCUAAUAUCUAAGAUGGAAUUACAUAUAAGUUUAUCUUUAAAAAAAAAAAACAAACAAACAUGGGAGUAGACCUGCCCUAUUGCCUAGCUUGCCACAGCGAGGGCAAGUCUAGGGCCAAGUCUAGGGCCUUGAAUCAGGCUUGUUUUAAGAGGUCAAUCCUGCUUAUAUCCUAUUGCAAUUUUUUUAAGUGACAGUAUGUCCUAAGAAUAAAAAUUUGUCCCUUUUUGUGUUCUUUCCAGCUAGGAGUGCUAAAAUAAUUUAAAAUUUAAAAGUAAAGGACUGUAGUUUAUUCAAUCUGUUGCAUAUACUAAGAGAUGGUAUAACACAUAAUAAAACUUCAAGAGAAGAAAUUUAUUUUGUUCUAGUAUUAAAGAUAAAAUUCCCUUCCAACAUGACCAAGGUAUAAAUACUACUUCCCUAAUUUAGAAUAUGACAAAAGUACAUGGGCCAUAAGAAAUAAUAUCAAAAAUUUUGAAGAUAGCAGCUUCCAAAUGAAGUAUUUAAUAGAUACCUUCAGUUGUAAGGAUCAGUAAAACGGAAAGAUUUGGCUUCUGACAUAUAUAGGUGGUUCUGAAACUGUUUAGCACGCUUUGCUUCAAGUUGGAGCUGUCUGGUCCUUUCUUUGGCUGCUUGUUGCUCUGCUAGCUUUUCUAUCCGUUUCCUUCUUAGCCAUCUGUAGAAAGAAAUAUUAUCUGAUCAACCUGAAUAGUCUUCAUGCCUCUUCAUUGAAAUAUUGAGGUUAACACAAAUUAGUGAAGUAUUAAAUGAAAAAUUUCAAGUUUAUAUACUAGGUUCACACAAGAAAGAAUCCACUUUUCAAAUUUUGUCUUAUAAUGAAAUUGCCAACAUAAUAUUUUACAUGAGACAUAGCUACUAUCCUUUUUGGGAAAAAAUGGCUUUCUAAGCAAUUUUAUUUGAUAAGAUUUUAAAUAACUUGUUUUUUGCAACUAUACUUAAAACAUUACACUUCACCAGGUUAAGGGCAGUAGCAUACAGAAAUGUUGCCUUGCUCUUCUUGGUCAUUAUAGAGCUCUUGCUUUUCAGUACAUAAAAUAGUUAAGAUGGAAAAAUAAAGAACAUAAGGUGAAGAGUCCAUAUUCUAACAAAUUUAAGUCUAUAAAGUUUGCUUUUUGCUUGCUCAAAAAACUACUAUACAUGCACAUCAGGUAUAUACAUAUGUAUGUGGUAUAUGUCUAUAUAAUUCUUAUCAUAAAUAAUUAAAUUGUAUUACACUAAGAAAGACAAGAAACCCAAUGUUGUGUGGUCCAGCAUUGGAUGCCAGUUUGAACAAAUUAUAGUCAUACCAGGGCAAAAAUGCUUAUGGGGUAGAUAUUAGAUGGGAUCACUAUGAAAAUAAGCAGAUUACAGAACAAUAUAAGCACUAUUAUCUCAAUUUACACUUUAAAAUUGUAAAUAAAUGUACAGAGAAACAUCCAGAAUACAUGCACUAAGGUAAUAACAGUAGUGAUUUCUAGGUAAUAAAUAAGACUUCGCCUCUCAGUUUCCACAUUGUACCUUUACUGCUUAUGUUAUUAUAAAAGGGUUAUUUUAAAAAGAAAGAAAGGAAUAAAGAUUCAAAGGGAAAAAAAAACAGCAAAAAAGACAAUGAACUUCCAACAGCUGGACUCAAUAUUCACUCCCUCGCUCUCCCAAGCCUUGCUGACAAAAUUAUGAAGUCAGGUACGCUGCCUAAGAAUUAGUGAAGUGUAAUACAGAGUCUUACCCAGGUAACUGAAAAGAGAUCGAGUUUGAGUUAAAUUUUACUUAAGUAGGACAAAAUGUGUCCAAAUAUUUUUACUUAGUCUAUACAGAUCUUCCACAGCCUUUAUAGAAAAAAUAUUUCUUGGUAAAUGCAACACUUUAUUCAGUUUUUUGAGGACUCUGAGGAAAAAUUGUAAUCAAACUUUGACCCAUUUCUCUAAGAAAUGAACAAAUCAACUAACAAAUAAAUAUAUGGUAGACUAGAGGAUUAUCAUGCUGAUUUCAUGGGAAACAAGUUUAGGGUUGAAAAACAUCUUGAAGACAGUAUAGUACAGAUACUAUGCAAAAUACUAUGUAUUUGAAAUACAUAGGUAUUUAAAUAGGUAUGUAAUGUGAGAGAAAAUAUUUUGGGUUAUUUUCUUUUAAGUUUUAUUGACUAUAUAACUUUCCACAAUGACCCUGAGGAAGGAAGGGAAAUGCCCUGCCUUUGACUUACUGCUUAAAGGCUCUUUCACGGCCCUCUGUUUCUUUAAGGAAAAAUAAGCAUUCCUCUUGCUUUCGUAGCUCCUCUGUCUUUCUUUCUUUUAAGUGUUCUUCAUGUUUCUUUUUAAGCCAUAAUCGAAAAGCUAGUUGUGGAUCUCUGUUCUCCUGCUGAUUGCAAGAACAAAUUUUGCUUAAUUUAAGUAAGUCAAACCUACUAUUUUUAGACCCCACAUUUAUGAUCCUAGGAGAAUACAUGGCUGACUUAUCAAGGUUUCAUAAUGCCAACCUCAUCUGCACUUCGAGUAUCCAACUCAAACACAUCACCUUUGACUCAGCAACAUUGAUUACUCUUGAUAGAAAAUUCAACAUUGAACUCACAACUACCUGACUUCUUUCAAAAUUCUUACUAAAGUAGCAAGUGAAGGAGGUCCACAUGCAGUGAUCUGCAAACUUCAAAGUGGAGUGUUCUGACAAAACAGUUUUGCACAACUGCACAAACAAAACAGUUGAAGAAAAGUUGGGGAUAGAUAGUAUGAGUGAAGUCGAAGUCUUGGUAGCAAUUACUGAAGGAGCAUCAUGGAGUACAGUUUAAAAUUUUAAAAACCUUAAUCAGUUUUUAAUGGAAAUUACACCAAAUAUAAUUUGGAGAAACCCAUAUCUUUAUAAUAUUUAGUACACCCAUGCAGGAAUAUUACAUUUGUUUUGACCUACCAAAUAAUUCAUAUAUAGCUCACCCAUCCAGGACUAUUAUAUUUUACAUUUACCAAAGUCAUCUUUUUUUGGUUCCUUGCAAAGCCGUACUCCAUUCUCUCUAAAAGUUUUAUACAUUCCUAAUGUAUUUUAUAUAUUCCUAAGGUAUUUUAUAUAUUCCUAUAUCCCUUCUCCUUUUGUAUUUUUCUGUGAGGUUAUUGCUGAAAUGCAAGGAGAUUAUUUAUAAAGGAAAAAGUUGUUUAAUACUUAGAUCUUUUUCUCUUCAUAAACUGGAUAGAAUUCCCAGAUUUAAGUUAUUUAAUAUAGAGGGAAGUCUUACCUGUUUCUAACUUUAAUAGGUCUGCCUAUAGUAUUUUCUAAGAUAAUAUCUGUACUGUAACUCAUAUAUUAGGAAUUUUGAAAAUAAAUUAUAGUAAAUAUUAACAAAUACC